AUGUGAAUUGUGAUGUGUUUAUUUUAAAUGUAUUUUAUAAUUAUUUAAUACAUAGCAGUACUACUGGUACUUAUCUUGAAUUUUGCGGAAAAUAGAAAAUUAACAGCUAUUGUUGUAAUUGAACUGUAACCUUUGCGUUCGGAUAAUGUUUUGUGAUUGUAACAUAAUUUUGUAAUAAAAUUGUAACUUGAAACUUUGCUGCUACCCCUGCUACCGUUAAAAUAACAAGGAAAAAAUCGUGUAAUCGUGAAAUAUAAGUGUGAAACUAAAUAUGUCGUUAAAUAAACUCGUCGGCGGUGACUGCGGAGGAAAUAACUCCCUAGUUCAGUUAACUAAUAUUGUGAGCCGUGAUGCUUCCAGCGCACACUCAUUAUCUCAGUCGGAUAGAUUUGUUAACGAAUUCAUGGCACAGAAUUCUCAGGUUCCCCAAACAUUUAAUAUGAACGCCUUGCUUAAUAACAUACCUGAGGUAGAAAAACCUAUGGCUAAGCCUGUCCAAGCGCCCAUGACAAGUGUGUCACCUUACAGUUCUCAGCAAUACGCGCCCUGGUUAGCAGGACCUUCUUCUUCCUUUAUGCCAGCUCCUAUGAUGCCAUUUCAAAUGCCAUAUCAACAUAUGCAGAAACCCAUAGCACCGUCCAAUGUACAAAUACAAUAUGUUAGUGAAUCUGAACUACAACAAACCUCAGUUCAGUCUAAAGCUCAAGAGUAUGUCAACAGUGUUAAGGAGGAUGAUGAACUGGCUUAUAAUCAGUUUAUGUCCUUCAUGAAAAAAAUAAGCGCAGGAGAAAUGCACUUUGGAGAGACAUUAGAAGCAGAACAGAGACAAGCAAAUAAAGAUAAAAUAGUAGAAGAAAUGGCAGAGAAAUACAAAGAUGAAUGGGCUAAAUUGAGCAAUGUAAAUGAUUAUUGGAACACUGAAGCCGCAAAUGGAAUAGCCAAGGAAUACACUUUCACUGAGGGCAAUGUUAUGUUGGAAAAUAAAAGUGCUCUAGAAAUAGGUAAAGAGAGACUGAAGAUGGGCGAUGUGCCGGGAGCAGUCCUAUGCUUUGAGGCAGCAGCACAACAGCAACCAGACUUGGCUGAAGCAUGGUUCCUAUUGGGAACCACACAGGCAGAGAAUGAGCAAGAUCCAUUGGCAAUAACUGCUCUAAAAAAAUCUUUAGAAUUGGAUCCUAGACAACUAGAAGGCUACAUUACAUUAGCGGCUGCUUACACUAAUGAAAAUUUAGAUAAAUAUGCAUACAUAACAUUAACAGACUGGCUAAAGGCAAGUCCAAAAUAUAGUGACUUAAUUCCACAAGAUAUAAAUCCUCAGAACAUGAACCUAAAGGAAUUAGAGGCAUAUGUGACAUCCUUGUACUUAAAAGCAGUACAGUUAAAUCCUUCAGAAGUUGACCCUGAUGUCCAAAAUGCACUUGGUGUUAUAUUUAACAUAAAUCACCAAUAUGACAAGGCAGUGGAUUGUUUUAAGGCAGCACUAAUGGUGUCAUCUGAUAAUGCUAAAUUGUGGAACAGACUUGGUGCUACAUUAGCUAACAGUGACAGGUCAGAAGAAGCAGUAAAUGCAUAUCACGAAGCUUUGAAUUUAGAGCCCGGCUUCAUUAGAGCUAGAUACAAUGUGGGCAUUACUUGUAUGAACUUAAAAGCUUAUAAAGAAGCAGCACAACAUUUUCUAGUGGCAUUAAACCAACAAUUAAAGGCCAAAGGAAUGUUUCCCAAUGACUCCUCAGUUGACAAUAGUUCUUCAACCAUUUGGACAACCCUCAGAAUGGUUUGCUCUUAUAUGGGUGAACAUGAUGUUGCGAAGUUAGUUGAUGAAAGAAAUUUAUCAGAACUCAAUAAAUUCUUCGAAGAUUCAUAAGUGAUGUAAUUGUCACAAAGUUGUAAUUAUUUUGAUAAGCGUUAUCAAAUUGUGAUAUGUAAGUGAGGGGCAAUACAAUGUUAUUUUUUUUAUAUAUUUUUGUAAGAUAAUAUUGAUAGUGUUAAUUAUAUGGAUUGUUAAUGAGAUAAAAGAUGGGUUAAAACUAUAAAA